UAAACUCAUACAUCUCAUUCUUCAUGUAUUCAAACACAUAGAUUUUUCUUACUAAUUAAUCUAACUCCAUUUGUAGUUUUGUACCAAAAUCAAGAUUCUUAUAACUUCUUAACCAUGAGUUUCUUGAUAGUUAAAUUCAUCCAAUACUUCAUAUUGCAACUUGUUUUAACCCGGGUCACUGAACUCUUGAAGUUUAUCUCAACAUUUAAUUCUUGGGUCCAUCGGUUUUACCUUCAACACUCCAAGAAUCAAGUUGAGAAGCCAACCCAUGAUUCAAGAUUGUCAAGCUCACACCUUUCUUUCACUAACAAGACCACCGAUGAUGACAGUGUCCGAGGCGAUGAUUUGGAGCUAUUGAUCACGGAAUUAGGUGUUUUUUCCCACCCUGGAGGUGAAAAGCUGCCGGAGGUGUUGAAUUCUAUGUAUAUUUUCAAUAUUUUUGAAGCGGAACAACCAAGAUUGAAUGAGGUGAAAGAAGCUUUUGAUGUUUUUGAUGAGAACAAAGACGGGUUUAUUGAUGCAGGGGAGUUGCAAAGAGUUCUUUGUGUUUUAGGAUUGAAGGGAAGUGCGGAUAUGGGAGAUUGUAGGAAGAUGAUCAGAGCGUUUGAUGCGAACGCCGAUGGUCGGAUAGAUUUUGGGGAGUUUGUGAAGUUUAUGGAGAACACUUUGUGUUGAUCUUCAUAUUAUUGCCGGUUUUUAUUGUUCAUAUUUUUUGGAAGAUUAGAGUAUUAUUAUUUUUUGAAAUUGUACUUAAGGUAUGAAUUUCAAAGGGUUGUUUUAAUCUUUAUAAAUGUUAUAGGGUGUUUUUGUGUUGUUUGAAAUCAUGAGGGUGUUAAAUGUCAAAGUUUUAAUAUCUAAGCAGAGAAGUUGCUAAUUAUUUGUAA